AUGAACCCGACUGCGUUCGACGCGAACGACAUACUACGCGAAGGCAAUUACUUCGUGUGGGAGUUCAACGCGAGAAUGAGGCUGGCAAAGAAGGGGCUACUGGAACACCUGGAUGCUAUGAAGGCCCCAGAAGAAGGAGACAUUGCUGCGUCAACUUGA